AUGUCAAACCACGAUGUCAAACCAAAUCAAGGACCCUGGUCGGAACUCGCCGAAUACUGCGACGGUCUCAUCGUCGCCGGAAUUUCUAGAAUCCCACCAUCCGGAUCUUUGCCAAAACAUCCACGUUAUCAAGGAUCUAUUGAAACACAUAAAGAUCUUCUCAAUUACGGUCGCGCAGUGUUGAAGGAAAUGGCUAAAAAUUCCUGGAUUCAGGAUGUAGCCAGCCCUGUAUUGUUCCACCCCGAUCUGCAUAAAAGAAACAUAUUUGUCUCAGCAGAAGAUCCCACUGUCGUUUCGGCCAUCAUCGACUGGCAGUAUAUUAGCAUUGAGCCAGCGUUCUGGUAUGCAGAUGCGACACCAGACUUUGCGCAACCCGUUCCUGAACCCUUGAGCGAGGAUACCAUUGAACCCAAAAGCGAGGCAUGUGCAAAAGCAUAUGAGAUUUGUCUGAAAUUCUUGGCUCCAAGGCUGUCCGCGGCGAGAUCAUUGGAGGAAGCUUAUGUUCGGUCGUUUCGCUACUACUAUCGCACUUGGGAAGAUGGCGCAGUUGCAUUCCGUGAGGAGCUGAUCCAGACAUCAGAACUUUGGAAAGAGCUUGGGUUCGCGGUGCCAUGUCCCUUUCCUCUCCCCUCUCCCGAUGAAAUCGCGGCUCAUCGGAGAGAAUACAAGCUCUUUGAAGCGGCGCAACAGCUGAGACACAGCCUACGGCAUCUGCUUAAUAUCGCAUCUGACGGGUGGGUUCCUUUGGAAGAUUGGGAAAGAACUCAGUCCGUGCAUCGGGAGGUUUAUGAAGGGAUGCUGCAGGAAGUGCUCGGAAAUGAGCAGCCCGAUGACGAUGAGCCGAUCAGAGGCGAAGAUGAUCUCAAAGAGAUCUGGCCAUUCGACCUGAAACAAUGA